AUGACUUCGAACACGAAUGUUGUAAGGAAGCACUUGAAUCUCCUUGACCCCUUUUUGACUGUUCUGUUCAAUUAUGGUGAGUUAAGUGAAAACUCUGAAAUUAGAACUAUCAUCGAUAAAUUGGUGACAAGUCCUCACCGAUAUGUGAUACUUCUUCCAAAAACCGAAAAGCUCUUGCUCAUCAAUGGAUCCGACACUAAAGUGUUAGACACCUUAUUCUCUGACCGCUUAUUCAUUCAGUCGCAUGUUAUUGAUACGAAGACGGGCAAGUCAUUGGGGAACGAGACAUCAGUUUCUACUAUGAAUAAUGGCUUGAUCUUGUUUCAAAACGGCAAAUCUCUCGCAAGACAUGAAGAUAUUGAGCCACCAAAGAACGAAGUUUACACCGAAAGUUUGACUUACAGCACUUUAUCAUACCUAUAUCCUGGUUAUAAGCUUCAAAUUUGCUUCAUAGAAUCUCCCUUGGUUUUUCCAAGCGGGAACAAGACUUGUCCAGAUAAAGUAGUCGGCUUCCAAGAUAUCGUCAAAGGCAAAGAUGGAAUCCUUGAAGAUGAUAUUUGUGAGGAUUUCAACGAUUUGAUGAAGGAUUCAGGGGCACUGGCUGAUCAUAUCGGACCCAAGUUUCGGGAACUAUUUUCGAGCUUUAAUGUUGUUCAAGCUCGAACCGAGGGUGAGUUAAUGUCUUUGUUCUUGGCUACCAUAGCUAAAGCUGUUGAUAUUGUUAGGUCCCUUCCUAGUCCCACUCAUUCAAUGCUGAUCAAGAAAUUCAACGAGGAAAGUCUUCAUCAAGCAAUCUAUGAUUACGUGGAAAUGAAUGUAUAUGAUAAAUUAUGGCCACGUUUUCUGGAUCUUUGCAGCACUCCUACGGACCAUUUGUUGAAUGCUAGCUAUGAAGUUUUUCAGUAUAUGAGCAUAUCACAGCUUGGUCUCCCCGAUUCAGUUGUUGAGGAUACGGACUUGAUUCAACUCUUGCUUGGUCGCGUUGUUAAAGCCAUCAGCGAGAUCAAGAUGCUGGAUUAUUCAAUGACUUCUUCAGGGAAGCUCAAUGUUUUAUUGAGAGCCAUAAAUGCUCUAUCACACGAUCCGAGCGAAUCAAACUCCAGAUUUAUUAUCGAUGCAGAUACUCUAUUAUCCUUGGUAAUACUGGUGUUGGGGACUGCAGGUGUAACUAAUGUGCAAUGCCAAGUGAAAUAUAUCAAAAGCUAUUACCCUUCCCCGGAGAAAGUUCAAAGUGGUACCCCGGGAUAUGUCAUUUCUACUAUAGAAGCUGCCGUUGGCUAUUUAACUGACGACUGUAACAUUAAAUCACUGUCAAGGCAAUGCAGAGCUAAUGAAAAGCUCUGGAAAAAUAUCUGUCUUUCAGCGGAGGAUCCACGUUGGGCGACAUUCCAUAAAAACCUCCACGGACUACAGGAGCACCACCUCGGUAACGUCAAUACAACUGAAAUGGUUCAGUCGCUUGUAGGAAAAGCUCUUAGAUCCAGAAACUUGAAAGGCGAGUCUUGCCUUAUAAUGGCAAUAAAACACGGAAGUUGGCCCGUUUUCAAAACUUUAAUCGAUCUUCAUGAAGUUUAUGAUUUGAACUUUAUUUUGACUGAUACUGACAAUUCAGGGUCCACUCUGCUACAGCUGGCUCUAAUUGAGGGUGACAGUAGGAUGAUAUUGGAACUUAUUGAGAUAAUAAGCGAAGCAACCGAACCCGAGAUCGAAAUUUACUGCUCGAAACCGAAUAACUCGGGCCGUAACUUGGGACAUUACUUGAUGUAUUACAAGCCCCUUGUACCAACGCUUGGGACACAUAUAAACUGGAGACAGGUUGAUUGUUUUCAUCAAACCCCUCUUGCUACGAUAGUUCGUUGCUAUGAUCAUCCCGAUUACCAAGAUUUGCUAGAGGCUGUUCUGCGUACUGUCUAUGAGUGGUACGCAAAACAAAAUUUAUCAUUUGAUCUUAAAGACCAUUUGGAUGCCAAGAAUAAUUCUCUACUUCAUUCAUUUAAGGAUGGAAGAACAUUAGGAUAUUUCUUGAAGCUAUUUCGCGGGCUAGAUUUGAACUAUCCAAAUUCCCAGAAUCUCACACCGCUCAUGUUCUCGAUCAAGUAUAAUAAAUUUUGGAACGUUUAUUAUUUACUGAAUGACGAAAGGACCGACAUUUCGAAGGCGAAUACAAAAAAUCAUUUGACGGCUUUUGAUUACAUCAAGACUUCAAUGCUCCAGCACUCAUUGCUUCAAGAAUCAGAGCACUUCUCAAAUUCGCUUAGAUUCAGAUUGAAACUUUUGACCGUCAUGAGUGCGUCACUCUUAAGAACUCUGUGCCCGAAACACUCAAUUAGAAGUGCGGUGAUCAUCACCAGGAGAUAUGACACAGAUAAUGAUGCUAACUUGUACUUAUUUCUUAUGUCGGAGAACAGCUCGGAACAAAAGGCUGGAUAUUUUGUCCGUCACAAUCAGAAAUUUUGA